AUGGCCACGAAAAGGCCCUCAUCCACAGCGAUUUCAAAGGAUUUUAUAAAGAAAGAAGGGGACGAUAUAUUGCUGAAAUUGAGUUGGCAACACAGUCUCACCGGUUUCCUCAUUGUGCUCGGCAUUUUUCAGUCUCCAGCCGUUCCCAUCGCUUUCUCGAUCCCAUUGUUGAUCUUUUCAAUGGUUUAUAUCGCGUAUUUUUUUGGCGAUUUCUGGUAUCGAUCCUAUCAGACACUUCACAGAGAUUUGAGUGGCCUUCACCUAAUCCUUCAAGUGAAAUUCGAUUUGUGGAAACGAAUGAAGGAGAACAAGAGUAUUGGUGAGAUUUGGGGGGAAAUGGUCGAGAAAUUCGGUGACAAGACGGCUUUUUUCGAUAUUGAGACUGGAAGGAAAUACUCUUUUCGACAAUUUGACGCACAUGCAAAUCGUUAUGCGAAUUUUUAUCAAACACGAGGUCUUCGAGCGGGUGAUGUGAUCGCCAUUCAUAUGGAGAACUCGAGUGAUUUCGUUGCAGCUUGGCUUGGAGCAGCUAAAGUGGGUGUGGUGACAGCGUGGAUCAACAGCAAUUUGAGAAAAGAACCAUUGGCUCACUGUGUGCACACAUCGGAAGCAAAAGCAGCGAUCACAAGUCAAUCGCUGCAAUUUGCCCUUCUCGAGUCAAUCUCCUCGGGUCAUCUAUCGAUGAGCGAGGAUUCCCUCUGGGUUCUCGGCUCACCAAUCCACAAAGAUUCCCUCAAUCUGUCCCGUCAAUUGGAUGUCCAAUCAACGAGGAAACCCGCAAAGAUCGACGAUGUCACAUUUAAAAGUGUUCUUUGCUUCAUUUACACAUCGGGGACGACUGGGCUCCCGAAGGCUGCAGUGAUGAAGCAUUUCAGAUAUUAUUCAAUGGUGAUGGGUGCCGCGCUGGCGUUUGGUCUUCGGCCAUCGGAUCGUCUCUAUGUCUCGCUGCCAAUCUAUCACACAGCGGCCGGAAUCCUCGGAAUCGGGCAGUGCCUUGUGCGCGGCUCUUCCUGCGUGAUUCGCCGCAAAUUCUCGGCAAGCAAUUUCUGGAAAGACUGCAAAGUUCACGAGUGCACCGCAUCUCAAUAUAUCGGUGAGAUUUGUCGAUAUCUUUUGGCGCAGCCGGGAUGUGUUGAGGAGAGCACUCACAAGAUGAGGAUCAUGUACGGGAAUGGGCUCAGAGCCGAGAUUUGGCAGAGUUUCGUGGAUCGCUUUGGUGUCAAAAUCGGUGAGGUCUAUGGGAGCACGGAAGGCACCUCGAAUUUGGUGAAUAUCGACGGCCAUGUGGGUGCGUGUGGUUUCCUCCCGAUCUCUCCACUCACAAAAAAGAUGCAUCCGGUUCGUUUGGUUAAAGUGAACACAGAAACUGGAGAGAUUCUGAGACGGCCAAAUGGAUUGUGCGUGGCAUGUAGGCCGGGAGAAACCGGUGCCAUGGUGUCAACGAUUCGAGCUGAUAAUCCGUUGUUACAAUUUGAGGGUUAUUUGAACCGAAAAGAGACUGAUUCGAAGAUUAUUCGGGAUGUGUUUGCAAAGGGAGAUUCGUGCUUUGUUUCCGGAGAUCUUUUGCAUUGGGAUCGACUCGGCUACGUGUAUUUCAAGGAUCGAACUGGGGACACGUUCAGAUGGAAGGGGGAAAACGUGUCGACGACGGAAGUGGAGGCGAUUCUCCAUCCAACGUAUGGCGUUGCCGAUGCCACCGUUUACGGGGUCACUGUGCCAGGAAAUGAGGGUCGUGCCGGAAUGGCGGCCGUUGUUCGAACGGAGGGCGAUGAGAGAUCGGAGAUGUCUUUCCUCGAUACAUUAGCCGAUCGUCUCCUCACCUCUUUACCCUCUUACGCUGUGCCGCGUUUCAUUCGGCUUUGUCCACACGUCGAUAAGACUGGCACCUACAAAUUGGUGAAGACAAAUCUUCAACGAUUGAGUUACGGAGGGAAGAUGGACGGUCAUCGGCUCUUCAUUCUGAACUCGAAAUUGCGAGCCUAUGAACUAUUGGAUGAUGAGACAAUCAAAGCAAUCAAUGAGGCUCAAUAUGCAAAUAUU